CGCGGUGCUGCGCAGGCGCAGUCGGUGCGCCGGGCUGCCAAGAUGUCGUUCCCCGAGUACAAGCCGUCGCGCCUCGCCUCCUUGCCCACUACUCUCGACCCAACUGAAUACGACGUAUCUUCAGAAGCCCGGAAGGCGCAAGCCGAGCGGUUGGCCAUAAGGUCCCAGCUUAAAAGGGAGUACCUACUUCAGUACAAUGACCCCAACCGCCGAGUGCUCAUCGAAGAUCCUGCCUUGCUUCGUUGGACCUACGCAAGAUCAGCAAAUGUCUAUCCUAAUUUCAGACCUACUCCCAAGACCUCGCUCUUAGGAGCUCUGUUUGGAAUUGGGCCCCUCUUCUUCUGGUAUUACGUUUUCAAAACUGAAAGAGAUAGGAAAGAAAAACUUAUCCAGGAAGGAAAAUUGGAUCGAACAUUUAAUAUCUCAUAUUAAGUCUGGCAAUGAUGAUUGUAUGUCUUAAGUUAAAUAAAUCUUCUAUUAAUCAUUAA